GGUUUAAGGAGUUCUUCAGAACGGUCUAGGUUCAGUUCAUUUCUCCAGUCUGCAGAGGUGGUUUCCGAUUUACCGGGCGUCUCCGAGAAGGGGACAAGAUGAUAGUCACCCAAAUUGAAGCCAAGGAGGCCUGUGAGUGGCUGAGGGCAGCUGGUUUUCCCCAAUAUGCUCAGUUAUUUGACGACACUCAGUUUCCCAUUGACAUCCAAACUGUGAGACGUGACCACGAGUUCCUAGACCAGGAUGCCUUUGAGUCUCUUUACAGGCGACUAAACACCCUGAACAAAUGUGCAGAAAUGAAGGUGGAGUUCAGUUGCCAGAGGAGGCGGAGUGAUGAGUCAGAAGAUGAUGAGCCGUGUGCCAUCAGCAGCAGGUGGGCCUAUGAGCGAUGCAGCCGGCGCUGGUCCCGCCUGGACAGUCUGGAGGUCUUCCCCGGGGAGAGUGGCUCACCCAGCAGUCCUGUCGUAGAGAAGGCUCCGAGGACGAUCCAGAGCAGGAGCGCUAAGGAGCUGACCUCUCGGGAGCCAGAGGAGAAGCCAGAUGCCUCUUCCCUGCAUAGCUCCAGCAGCGGUGACAGCGAUACCCCCUUUCCCAGGACCUUUGAGGAUGCUGAGAGCAGCCAUGAUCCCUCCCACUUCUCCUGCACCUACAAGAUGUCUUCACCUGCUUCUAGCACCAGCCAUUCCCCGUGCCCCAUCGAGACACCGAAUGCCGCUGGCGAAAGCCUUCCUUCUGUAGAGAAGCCUCUCCAAGCAAACCGAGGCAAGAGCUUCUUGAGAAAGAUGGAGAAGCUGCGGCUCCGAAGCACGGGGUCCAAGCGUGGUGGGGCUUCCCGGCCCCGGCCCCCGAUUAGCGGGCCCGUCCUCCUUGAGGGCUUUGAUGAUGACAAGCUCCGAAGUCUCAACUGUGUGAGCAUUGGCCGAGAGAUGGGAGCUUGUCCGUCCUCACCGCCGAUAUGUGGCAGCAGCAGCGGUAGCCAGUCGGAGUCCAGCAGUACUGUGAGCACUCCCAGUCCUGUGAUCCGGACCCGGAGCCGCAGGCAGAGGGGUGGAGACUCCCGCUUAAGCCCCAGCUCGCCUUGGGGUGACGUGACUGAGCACAACUUUCAGAACCAGCUCUUCCGGGUGCCAGUAGGGCAUAAACCUGGCACCUUCCCCAAGGACCUGACCCUCAACUCGCUGCCCCCCCUAGACACCCAGUCCGUCAAUUGGCGGACGGGCAGUUUCCACGGCUGCCACAGGAAUCGUCUUGGAGCCAUCUCCCAGGAGGUGGGAACUCCCUACUGCCUGCCUGGACUGCCCGAUAAUCGGCUUAGUGUCUACGACAACGUGCCCGGGCUGGUCCUCGGCAGGACGGAGGGCGGCGGGUCCCUCAAUGAUGAUCUCAUCUUGGACUUUGACCAUGCGAUGGAAGAUGGGAGUGAACUCCAGAGUCUAGGAGGCCUACGGACAAAGACGCCUUCCUGCCAAGGGGACUUUGGCUGUCCUAGCUCACCCAACCUACCUGCUUCUCCUGCCCAGAUCCUCCUGGAGAUCACCGAGCCGUCUACGAAGACAGUAUCUGGGUCUGGGCCUGGGGGAGGGGCAGGGCAUCAUCAUAUACAAGGUCAUCCGUGGGACUCCCCCAAAUCAUCAUGUUCUCAGAGGUCAGAGACUGCUUCCUCUAGUCCCUGCAGACCCAACAAGUGGAACUGGUCAAUAGGAGAAAGAACCGACCUGAACAAGCCCUUCCUGCGUGUUGAAGAGCAGUCAGCUGUACAACUCAGCUAUUUAAGGAGUGUGGCUAUGUUACAGCUCUCUGCUAUCAUGGAAAAAAAUCCUCCAUCCAGCAAGCAAGGCUGGAACUGGCCGGUGCCCAAGUUUAUCAGGAAGAACAAAUACCCUGACUGUAAAGGCAAGAAUGUGUUCGGAGUCCCGCUGCUCCUAGCUGUCCAGAGGACAGGCCAUCCGCUCCCGCCGGGCAUUUUCCAAGCUAUGGAGUAUCUGAGGGCCCACUUCCUGGACCAGGUCGGUUUGUUCAGGAAAUCGGGGGUGAAGUCUCGGAUUACGGCCCUUCGGGAGAUGAAUGAGGCCCACCCGGGCCACGUGGAUUAUGAAGGCCACUCUGCCUUUGACAUAGCUGACAUGGUGAAGCAGUAUUUCCGUGACCUCCCGGAGCCCAUCUUCACCAGCAAGAUCUGUGAAUCGAUCCUUCAUAUCUACCAAUAUCUGCCUAAGGAAAAACAGUUUAGUGCUCUACAGGCUGCCAUUCUCCUACUUCCAGAUGAAAACCGAGAAGCCUUGAUUAUCCUUCUCUUCUUCCUCCGAGAUGUUGUAAGCUUUGUGGAGGAGAACCAGAUGACUCCCACCAACAUUGCUGUCUGCCUCGCACCAUCUCUUUUCCAUCUCACGUCCAUCACUUCCUUUCGGCCAGAUAAUUCCACCUCUUCAAGGUCCAGUCAGAGGAAGUACAACAUGGGCAAACCUGAUCAGAGAGACCUGAGUGAGAACCUGGCUGCCACCCAGGGCCUAGCACACAUGAUAGCAGAAUGCCACCAGCUCUUUCAGCUGCCCACAAGUUACUUGGAAUCCAACAGGUGCCAGCAGCCCCCAGGCCCCGGAAGAAGCCUGGUCAGUCACUCGAUGGUAUUGAAAUCACUGGAGAAGUCCAUUCAGGACCUGCUCCGAGAUGCCAAAGACAAGUUCCGGACCUGGGCUAGCCGCUUUUACCUGGAGAAUGUAGAAGUAGCCAAUAAAAAGGUGGAAGAAAAUUCUCACUUAUUAUUAUGGAAAGCUUCUGUUGACAUCCAUGCUGCCCCUCAGACUAUCUUUCAACAUGUGCUUAGAGCACAGCUGGCCUGGGACCACACUCUGCAGCAAGCUGUUGUCCUGGAGGUACUGAACGAGGAGGCUGAUAUUUACCACUAUACGGUGAAAAGCAUGACCCCUCUCCCAGCCCAGGACUACGUGGUACUCCGGACUUGGAAAUCAUAUCCCCAGAGCAAUAGCUAUGUUAUAGCUGCAACCUCUGUGUGGUGCGAGGUUGCUGAUCUGCAUGGAGUUUUAGGAGAGGUCAUCUUAUGCCAGUAUCUGAUUGAAAUGGUGGGACCUGAAAAAUCUCGAGUGACUCACAUCUGCAGAAAAGAUACCAGAGGAAGGACAUUGAAAUGGUACAGGAAUGUUUUUGGACACGUGUGUGCAGCUGAAUUGAUCAGGUUAAAGGACUCUUUCUGAUCUUCAGACUCAGAAGUCAAAUAAUUCAAAAUCCGAAGCCAGAGCUGUUUUCAAGGUGCAGUUAACUGCUAUGCCCUUCAACCACAUUUGGAAAUAUACAGAUAAUGGAAUGCUGUUUUUAAAACAAAUGAUAAUCAAAGCAUAUCUAAAGGGAUAUAAUUACAUAAGAAGAGGCUGUGCUUGGAGAGACUCUAUAUAGGAGCUUAUUAAAAGCCAAACUAUUUAUAUAAAAACCUAAUCUUAAUAUCCCAGAAAUACUCAAAGUAAUGAUUUAAACCUAUGCUGUGCAGUAAGUUAUUAAAAACUUGGGGAUUACCUAGAUUUGCUGAUUUUUUAAAAAUAAUGUGAAGUUGUAUGUAACUUUUUUAAAAAAAGAUUUGCACAAAUUGCUGUAAAAAGUUUUUUUUAGCAUGGAGAGAGCAGACUAAGAAACUUAAAGGGCUUAAAACAUUUUUGAGAUAAAUUGUCUGUGGCCUGCUAAGUUGUUUUUAUUUGGGAUAUAAAAUAUUGUUAUAAUAAAGUUGUUGAUAAAUUGA